GCGGCCGGGUUGUUCGUUAUUGAACGAGGUCGUUUUUGCAUGUUGAGGUUCUCGUCACGAAACAUGCGGCGCUCACGCCAAAGAAACGGCAUUGUCAUCGCAGCUAGCGGUGUUGUCGUUCUCCAUCGCGCACUCGCAACGUGUGCAUUCUUCGUCCUGGACCCCGCGGAUGUUGGGCGCACAACACUGGCGUUUGUUGUACGCAAUUUGCUGUCGCGUCCCUCGUUACCUGUGCCAGAUGAUGAUGAUGAUGAUGAUGAUGAUGAUGAUGAUGAUGAUGAUGAUGAUGACGAGGACGGUGGCGUUGUUGAUGACUACGACGAUGUCGGUGAUGAUGAUGAUGAUAGUGUUGAUGAUGUCGUUGAUGAUGAUGAGGAUGAUGAUGAUCAUGAUGAUGAUGAUGGUGUUGAUGAUGAUGACAACGAUGAUGAUGAUGAUGAUGAUGAUGAUGAUGAUGAUGAUGUUGAUGAUCAUUUGUAAAUACUAAUCCACAAAACAAUCAAAUAAUUCAGAAAAUGACGUUGAUGAUUAUUUGUAAAUACUAAUCCACAAAACAAUCAAAAUAAUUCAGAAAA